GCAAUUCUGGAAAGAAAACGUACUGACUCUAUUAGGAGAACAUCAGUGUGAUUUUCAUAUUUCAAUCAGCAUAUUGAGGGGUGGAUCCAAACUAUUGGUUUAACAGUUGAUCCCAAAUGAAAAGUGGAAUCUACUAGCUACAUGUAUCUUGAUGUCCUAGUAGCUAGGUCAUGAAUGAAGUACUAAUCAUGGACCUAGAGGAUUCUGAGUUAUCAUGUUUGGCAAAUCUCUAGCAUAGAAAUAUGAGAAGCAUAUGUCAUGGGUUUUUCCUCUUUAGGUUUAAAGGUGGAGAGGUCUAGUGUGAGUGCUGAUGCAGUGGUUAUUACAUCAAAUUGAAAGUUUAACAAGAUGUGUUUGUGAAACAUUAUACCCCUGGUGGCAACUAAGAAUAAUAAACAAGGAGUGCAUAUAGCCCUAUCAUUCACCAUUCAAAAGUUAUGACAAUGUUUAAGUUUAAUUUUGGUCAAACUCAACUCCAAGGUUAAGGUCACAAGGUCAAAGAUCAUAGUAUCAAAUGAAAGAUCUUGCCAUGAGGAAUCUAUAUAAAAAAUAUGAAAGUCCUAUGUUAAAUAGGUGUCUCAUAAAUGUAUAAAGGUUCAUUUACAAAUUGGGAAGAAUUACUACAUUGUAUGAUUAAAACAGGAAAGGGCAGACCUUAGUUGAUCUACAUUGACCAAUCCUUAUAUUACCAUCAUUUCUCUAUAAUUUCUGUUUGUUCCCCUAGCUUCUAUCCACUUGAGGUGGAGAUGGGGUGGGGACAUCAUUUUGCACUCUUUAAGGUAACUCCACUCUCAUGUCACAUCAAAAAUUCGAAUAAUCUAUCUCUUGUAGGAAUUUUAUUUACUGGGUACAAUAAAAAUAUGACACUGAAAUAGUUUAUAUUUUCUAAAAAUAAUCAAGAAUAUGUUGACAAGAGCAGUAAUUCCUAUGCUGGCAUUUUCUCUGUUGUAUGUCUAGACUAUCAUACAAUAAUUUUUUAGACAUCUGUAACUAGUGGUGAUUGUCGAUCAUUUUUGGCCCUUUGAUUCCGAUUAUCGAUUCUAUUUUUCAUAAUCAAUUGUCGCCUGUACACUAAUUAAUAUAUAAUCCAAGAUUCAUCUGACUGUUAAUCCCGCUUUUAUAUCGAGACAUGUGCAGGGGAGAGUCAGAGUGGACACAUUGAAAAGCGAGGAUUCAGAGACACCAGCUAUAGUAUGUAUGCUGUACAUAUCCAUAAAACUAAAUAGAAAUAACCUCAAAAAUACUAAUUAUAUCGAUCAUUGAUCGAAACAGUUCUUCUGCUUAUGACCGAUUAUCGAUUAUGAAAUUUUCACGAUUUUUCAACACUAUCCAUAACAAUGAUUCAAUAUAAUUGGGUUCAAUGCUUACAACUUUUAAUCAGAUAUGUAAAUAAAACAAAAACAUUCCUAUUAAAAUGAUAUCCACAAUUAAUUUAUAUAUUUAUUUAUAAAGUAGCAUUUUUUGAGAACUGUUAAAAUCAAGAUUUUGUCAAUUUAAUGAUUUUGUUGUUGCUUUUAAAAUGAUGUUGACAUAACUAAGCUUCUAAUAAUAUGUAGUUUCUGUUAAAAAUAUUUUGUCUGACAUCUUUAAAAAGGUGGCAACACACACGUUUUCUUUGAUUAUUGAUUAAAUUUAACUAUAAGAGGAGAUUAAUACAGUUUUCUACUUUGAAUCUAUAAUAGUGCGAUGUAAAAGCUGAUCAACUGCUGAUGUAACGCGAGGGGGAAGGAACAGCUAGAGGCCUAGAGGUGGAUAUUAGAUUACAAACAUCAGUCUACAACAGCAGAAAUACAUUUUCACUUUUACAUUGAUGCUCAGCAUGAGCAGUUUGGUGCAGUACUCGGACAGCGAGGACGGGGGUUCAUCUACAGAUAAUGAUGAUUCAGAUAGGCCAGUGAAUUCCAAUAUAAUGAGGCGAAAACGUUCACAGCAAAGUCAAAACAACGUUGGAAGUGAGAAAAAGACAAGGACUGCCGAGUUUCUUCCUUUGCCAGACACAAUAAAAUCAUUAUUUUCAAAUGAACACAAACAUCUGGACAACUCUGAGAAUCAUGAAGGAAGAACCAGGUCAUUUGAACAUUUAGAAGGAAACUGGGCCACACAUAUCAAUGUUCCUUAUAAUCCUGACGAAAGAAUGAUAGAAUUGAUUGAGGAAUUGUUGAUGUGUCUGAGACCUUUUGAUUUUAAACCAAUGAAAGAGCUUCAUUUAAGUUUGUCCAGAACUGUUGCCAUUCGCCACCAUUGGAUCAAACCACUGACUGAGAGUCUACAGAAUAGGUUUAAACUUCUACCUAGAACAUGCUGUGAAAUUUCUUCUGUUAAGCUGUACACAAAUGAUGAGAAAACAAGGACAUUUUUAUCGCUCACUGUGUCAACACCAGGUGAUAUUCUACAUGAGUAUACACAGGCUGUAGAUGAAUGCUUUGAAGAAUAUAAACUUCAGAAGUACUACGAGAAUCCCUCCUACCACAUGAGCAUUGGAUGGUGUUUGUGUGAUGUCAUCCAGCAGAUCAGCAGAGAAACGCUCAAUACUCUGCAGGAAACACUAGACUCCACACUGAAGGAACACAUAGGCCUGAAGUUGUUUGCCAUUGAAGAAGCAAUAUGUAAGACUGGAAAUAAACAAUUUUCUUUACAACUGAGUAAAGACAGAAGAUGAUAUUUGUGUCCAUCUUGAAAUAUCAACAUUUUCAGUGUUCUAUUUUUGAUAUCUUUACCGACUCUACUGAUAGCCAUUUCCUCAUGAAUGUGAUGCUGAUAUGAACAAUGUGCGUAGGAAUCUUGACAAAUGUAGUACGCCUGUUUUAAUGGCUGGGAAUCCCGACAGAAAUGAAAGUAGAAUGUAGAUACAUAUAUUAAAAACAAAUUUCAGUUUUAAAAAUACUUGAGGUAAUGAACUGCAGUGGUGCACACUGACAUACUUUUCAUGAAGUGCCAACAUGCUUCAUGAAUUAUGAUGGCGUAAAGCGUAGCAAAGUAAGUCUACAUAUUGUUUUGUUGGAAAGAUCACAAUAUGAAGCUUGUCAUCCAGAUCUAGAAUAAAAUGUCUAUUUCUUCAGUGUUAAACGUUUAUCAAGUUUUAAAAAAAAAAAAAGAUGUCCCCAUUAAACGUAGAAUCAUGGGCACCUGACGUUUGGACCCACACUCUCUUUGAUCCCCCCCCCCCCCCGCCCGCCCUUUUUAUGUGCAGGAUUGAGGACAUGCGCAACGAUUCUGAAUCUCAAUGAUGUAUAAUAUUUCGUGACAUUUUUCACUUGCAUUGUAUCUCUGUUUCUACAAAAAAUCACGGGGUAUUUUACCAUGCCUGGUUUAGAGUUAGCAUAUUUUGGUAGUUCCUGGUUGUUGCAAGUAAAUUUGUUACGUCAACUCUUUUGUAUCACAGUAAGUUGUAGAAAUGAACAUUACUGUAGCAAAAUAGGAGAGUUUUUUUCUUUCUUUUAUAGAACAUUCGGGUAUAGAACCCAGGACUUUUGCAUAACUACUUAGACGAACUAUACUGAGCUACCCAGGCCAAUAAACAAUUUUGGUAAUAUUACUACCAUAUAAAAUUUCAAACUAUUUCGGAAAUCUUACAAAAACUCCAUAUCGAGGAGAUAUGAAAAAUUAGAGAAAAUGUCCGAAACGUAUGUCCUUAAAUAUCAUUUUACACUUUUAUCAAACAGUUCUACUGGAUUAAAUAUGAUAUAUUUAAUCUUGUAAAACUUUGAAAAUUAAGAGUUCGAUCAAAACAGGGCUCGAAGUUAACAUAUGCCCGUCAGUCUGUGACUGGCUAAAAGUCUGGCGGACUGACUGACAUUUGUUUUAGUCAGUCCGAUGGGACUGGUUAAUUUUCUAAAGCAUCAUUUUGGAAAAUAUACUUAUUAUAAUAAUAUGAAAUUUCAUACACAUUUGUCAUGCUUCGAUUUGUUUGAUCAAUCGGACGAAUCUGAUUCGUAAAUAUAAAUCCCACAUUUAAGUGUUACAAUAUUGUCUGAGGCAUAAUGAGUUAAAUUUCAUUUUAAUGAUAUCAACAAAAUAUAUUUGAUUAUUUUUGGAAAACUCUGUUGGAUUGGUAAUUUUUUCUGUGGACUGGUUAAAAUUAUACCCCAUCAGUCCGACUGGACUGGUGUCAUAAAAAGUUAGCUUCAAGCCCUGUCAAAAGUGCAAAAUGGUAUUGGGAAUAGAAAGAAUAGGUCUAUGUAAUAGACAAAAAAAUCCACGAAUUUUCGGGAAAUAUUUCUUACAAGUUUUGUUUUGCACAAUAAAAAGGGUGCGGUUCAAAGAGAGUGUGACGGGUUCCGGGGUAGAAUAUCAGUAGAAAAUGCUACUUUCCGGAAAGAAAAAUGUUCACUACUUUACACGUUAUUUCUUUGGUUAACUCUCUGUAUUGUAAUUUUGUUGUCAUGAAUUAUCAUGUAUGAUGUUAAAUGCGUCAACUAUUUUCUAUUUUAUGUCUUGUCGUAUGUACAUGUAAUAGUAUAGUUUAGAAAUAAAAAAAAAAAAUUGAAUAUUUGA